GGUUUUCUCGGUAGGACUGUCAGAUAAUUUGUUCCUUUUUGCAGUAGGUGGGAGGAUGUGACUCCCCUCACACAAGUAACACAUUCAGACACCUCUAGUCCACAUCCUGUGUCAGUGUGCUCAGCACUGAGAUCAUAUCAGAGAACUGAGGACCAGAACCUUCACGUUGGGAUUUAUAUUCCACCCAACUGUCUGAAUAUGUGGCUCGUUUUGGUUCUUCUAAGUUUUGCCACUUCUACUUUCUGCCAAACUCACCCCCCACUCACCUACGCCUGCCGAACUGCCAAAAAGCCAGAAUGCGAUAAAGUUCACUUUGUCCCCGGGCACAAUCUUAUUGGUCAAGGCUUUGAUAUUGUGACCAUGAAGCAGACCAGGGCUCACCUGCUGGAUCUCCAGAAGUUUUCAGCAAAGGACAACACCUGCACUGUCUGUCACAACCCAUAUAUGAACAAGGCUUGGCAAAAGGUGCCCCUUGCCAUGGUGGACUGGAGGCCCCAGGCAUUCUGCUCUAGAAAGAUCAGCAGUGAGCUCACCCGAUCUUCUACAUCGCUGGCUGAGGAAGCUGCAUCCGAGGUCAAGAAUGACUGGGAAGCUGGUCUAGAUCUCCACCACAAGGGGGUGGAUGCCAAGCUAGUAAUGGCUGGAUCUCAGUCCCAAGUGGCACAGUUUGGUAAGAAUAAGGCCAGCACAGACCGGUACAGCUUCAUCAAGCACCAACUGAGUUGUGUCUAUUACAGCUUCCGACUUUCACACCUCCCUCUGUUGAGCAAAGAUCUGAGACGGGCCUUGAAGUCUCUGCCACUGACUUAUGAUGCCAGCACUCAGGCUCACUACAGAAGCCUAAUUAGCAUCUACGGCACUCAUUAUAUAAACCAAGCAGAUGUGGGAGGCCAAGUGCUAGAGGUCAACGCCAUCAAGACCUGCCAAGUCUCCAUGGAUGGCAUGUCUAUGGAUGAGCUGAAGGAUUGUCUUAGCAUGGAGGCCUCUCUUGCAGUCACUGGAAAAGCCGAAGCAAGUGCCAAAGCCAGCGCCUGCAAGGAACAAAGCCAAAAAUCCAACAAUGGGGAAAGUUUCCAUCAGGCAUUCAACGAGAAGAGUUGGGAAGUACGAGGAGGAAAGAUCACAUUUGAGCAGCUCUCCUUUGACAUAAAGAAUGGAGAUGGUGCAGCCACUUUUGAAACUUGGAUGGAAAGCCUGAAGACUGACCCCGAUAUCGUAACCUACUCUCUGGAGCCCAUCCACAACCUGGUUCCAUCCAGAGGACCCAAGAGAGAGAGUCUACAGAAAGCCAUCAGUGAUUACAUCUUGGAGAAGGCCCUGAGUAAGAACUGCUCUUGCCCAUCGGGUUCACGGCUGAGUCCUGGUAAAGAGUGCAACUGCAUUUGUCCUGGUGGUCAAGGAAUAAAUAUAAACUGUUGCCCCUCAAAAAGAGGAUUUGCCAAAGUGGCGGUCACUGUACAAAGUGCUUCAAACCUUUGGGGUGACUACGGCUCGAAGACCGAUGCCUUUGUUAAAAUGAGUAUUGGAUCAGUCUCUGCUCAGACAGAUACCAAUUGGAACAAUGAUAAUCCACACUGGGACUCACGGUAUGAUCUCGGAGUUCUGGAACUCAGUCCAGUGUCUAGCUUGAAGGUGGAGGUUUGGGAUGAGGAUAAUAAAUAUGAUGAUGACCUGCUUGGAGCAUGUCAAAAACAAGUCAACAGUGGUGUGAAGGACGAGGUUUGUUACCUUGACCAUGGUAGUGUGACUUUUACAGUGAGUGUACAAUGCCUCCCCCACCUGACUGGGCCCCUCUGUAGAGACUAUGCUCCUUCCACCAGUUAGACUUGGACAAGAAGGCUUGGCUCGCAGUCUCCGCUCUAAUUAAUCCCAAAGGUGUUCAAUCGGGUUGAGGUCAGGACUCUGUACAGUCCAGUCAAGUUCCUCCACCUCUAAAUGCCUCUGGUUGGCAAUCACAGUGAUCAGUUACUAUGAAGCCCGCCCCCCGUGUUUUCUGUCUCUGAAUUUUUUUUUAAAUAGCGGUCAUUGCAAAACUUUUUGUCACACAGUAUUUGCG